UCUGAAUACUCCUUCGUCUUUGUGUAACUGAUCCUCUCUCUCCGGCUCACACCCCCGCGCCCGAAGUUCCGCCAAUGCCGCCGCCGCCGCCGCCGCCGACCUCGCUCUCGCCAUCCUCCCCCACGCCUUCAACCGCACCACCCCCAUCCCCGCGCCAGAUCGCCGCCCUCGUGCUUAACCACCCGUCGUCCAACCUCACCACCGCAUCGGCCCGCUCCCUCUCGGCGUCCCUCCUCGCCGUCGCCCCGGCCCUCCCGACGCCCGUGGCCAACCGCGUCCUCAAGCUCCUCUGGCACCACGCGCCGCGCGCGCUCCUCUUCUUCCACUCGCUCCUCCACCUCCCCACCCGCGCGCACGCCGUCUCCCCCUGCACCAUCGACCUCGCGCUCGACCUCUCCGCGCGCCUCCGCCACCCACGCCAGCUCACCAACUCCAUCCUCGCGCUCUUCCCGCGCCUCCGCCUGCCCUUCACCCCGCGCACUUUCCCCAUCCUCUUCGAGCGCUUCGCCGCGUCGCAGCGCCGGCCCGACAUCGCCGUCCGCCUCUUCCUCUCGCUCCACCGCUCCCACCGCGUCGUGCAGGACCUCCCCCUCUUCAACUCCCUCCUCGACGCGCUCGGGAAGUCGCGCCAUGCCAGCAAGGCCGCCUCCCUCGUCCGCGCUCUCGAGCGGCGCUUCCCCCCGGACGUUGUCACGUACAACACCCUCGCCGACGGAUGGUGCCGCGUCAAGGACACAUCCCGCGCGCUUGACUUGCUGCGGCAGAUGGCCGAGUCCGGCAUCACGCCCACGAAGACAACCUAUAAUAUCAUCCUCAAAGGCUUCUUCCGUGCUGGGCAGAUGCAGCACGCGUGGAACUUCUUCCUCCAAAUGAAGAAGAGGGGGGCCAAGGACGAGAGAUGUAAGCCGGACAUCGUAUCGUACACUACCAUCAUUCAUGGGCUGGGUGUUGCUGGGCAGCUAGACAAAGCUCGCAAACUGUUCGAUGAAAUGUCUAAAGAAGGUUGCACGCCGUCUGUGGCAACUUGCAAUGCGCUUAUCCAGGUGAUAUGUAAGAAGGGAAAUGUGGAGGAUGCAGUCACAGUGUUUGAUGAUAUGGUUCGACAGGAUUACGUGCCAAAUGUGGUCACCUAUACCGUCUUGAUUCGAGGUCUCUGCCAUGCUGGGAAAAUUGACCGGGCUAUGAAGCUCAUGGAGAGAAUGAAAGAUGAAGGCUGUGAGCCAGUCGUUCAGACAUACAAUGUUCUAAUAAGAUAUUCAUUUGAGGAAGGGGAGAUCGAGAAGGCCUUGUGUUUGUUUGAGAGGAUGAGUAAAGGAGAGGACUGCCUGCCUAACCAAGAUACAUACAAUAUCAUAAUAAGUUCAAUGUUUGUGCGCAAGAGGGCUGAGGACAUGGCAACGGCGGCGAGGAUGGUGAUGGAGAUGGUGGAGAGAGGCUACUUGCCAAGAAGGUUCAUGCUCAACCGCGUUCUGAAUGGGUUGAUGUUGACAGGGAAUCAGCAAAUUUCUAGAGAUCUGUUGAGAAUGCAAGAGAAAUAUAGACGCCUGCGACGAGAAAUAAGAUUGUGAUUGCCAUUUGAGUUCUACAAUGGCAUAAGGAUACAAUGUUUUGCGCAUCUUGAGGCUUGGGUACAGAAGUAUGGUGCAACCCUCGUGCUUGGCAGUUCAUACUUGAUACUCCUGUGGUGGUGUUAUGAUCAGUCUGAUGUUUCAGGGACACUUGAUUAUUGGUUUUGCAGGUGCUGGAUAUCUAGCAAAGCAGUGUUGUCUUUAUUGACCUGACUGUGUGAGCGAACAUACUGCCAGACGCCAAGAAGAACCUUCUUGUCCCACCGAUGGAGUUGUUCAUGAACACAUGCUAGUCUGCCAGCCAGCCCAGUGUUCUGAACAUCCGGCCGUGAGGACUGCCAAGUUUCUUCGACCACGUCUCGGAAUAUCUGCUCCCUUAGCCAGUGUGUCUCAAACUGGAGAACCGACUUGCCCAACGAUUCCUGGGCCACUUCCUCAUGCAAGCACAUAAGUAUUGGUCUAUGAUCCGAUUUGUUAUAAAGUGUUCCAGAAUAGCGCUAGAGAACAUCAGAUUCCAUCCAUCAUUUAUCAGAACUCGAUCUGAUCUCUCUUUGAUCAAAGCUCUAUGCCACCUAAAUUUGUCCCCCGAUAAAACCAUGGUCAGAUAAGUUACUGUCUUCUCUGAAAGCCAUCGACGACACACCAUUCAAGGUGUCAACAAGUAUUAUGUUCGGUCGGGUGUUCACGUCGUACCACAAUAAAGAGGGCAAGUGCAAGUUGAAUGGGCAAAGCAAGUGGAGCCACACUGCUAAUUCCAUCAAACCGCUGACGUUGGAGGGGAUGAAGUUGAUUAGUUGGACAAGGAAGACCACGAAGAAGCUAGAAGAGGUGGCGUCCAAGAUGAUGGACAAGUUCAAGGACAUCAUGGCGAAGGAGGAGGCAUAUCUCAAAUGCAACGAGCUUAAGAAGAGGAAAAAAGGCGGAGAGAAUUAUGCAAUCAUGGAAAUACUAAAGAAGAAGAUGGAGCUUGAGGAGAGGAAGCUUGCGGUCAAACAAACAUGCGAGGACCAAAAUUUCUUGUACGUGAAAGCCGGCAACUUGGAUCCUGAUGUGGUGUAGUUUGUUCAUGAAUCGUGUGGUGGCAUCUACGCACACUAUGCACAAAAGGGAGGUGGAAAAGAGGCCGGAAAUUGAGUCAUUCGCUUUUGCUAGUGGUUCGAUGGUUGUACAAUUUUUUUUGAAGA